AUGUCUCCAACUCAAGCACAAAUACAACAGCAUUCUUCCACUCAUAUGAUGAAGACGACAAAGUCCGGAAGACCUUUUGUCAAGGAUAUACAUGAUUUGUAUUCGACGCUGGUCGUUUCAUUACCCAUGGAAACUCAUCGAAACUUAUUUCGAAGUUAUUCCAACUCAUUUACAACCGAAGAAGCUAUAGCUAAUCUUGGUUCCCUAAGAUUCACACAAUCGCAUCGAACACCAGAUCCUAAGGAUCCUUCACGUAUUAUAACGACCACAACUACUACAACUUUCAGUAUGACAAAAGAGAUGGCAAAAAGUGUGUGUCAAACUUUUAUGGACGCUAGACUGUUUGAAAACCUUUCCGACUCAGGCAGUCGAUCCUUCAAAGAUAAAUGUGUUUAUGGUCUAACGCAAAAAGGUUUAUACGUAUUGGAACGUUUCGUUACUAGAAAUGGCAUCUCUGCUCCACAUUUAGCAAAAUUAUUUGCUUCUCAAACCAUUCCAAUUAGAUUAUACUUUAUCGAACGACGUCCAGAAAAUGAUGCUAUUGUCAUUGAUAGACAAAAUAUUGAAUCUGUGUUUCGGCGGUUUGCAGGAACAAAACCUAAUUAUAUUACUAACAAAGAUAUUGAUGGGGUGACAAACCUUGAUGGACAACAUAAUGAAGAAAUCGAUCGUAAUCUUGGAAUUGAGCUUAAAGAUCGCCAAAUAAAUCAUAAAACAUAUCAAUAUACAUUUUCUGGGAUGGCAGUAAUUAAUUGGUUAUGCGAUUUUUCAACGUUAAUUACUAAGGAAGAAGCCAUGGAGAUCGCAACAGAAUUUAUUCAAUAUGGUUUCGUAGAACAAAUCAGUGAUAAAAGUAAUGAUGCAAAGAAAAGAUCAGAAAAAGCCGAUAUUUCAAGCUUUAAAUGUUCUAAAUCCAUUUACUACCGUAUUAUGACUCAUGGACGUCAAGUCGCCUCAUGGGAUUUUCAUGACGUUAGUGAAAAUAAUAAUGAAUUACGAGAGAUAUCACAAACUAGCAAUGUUAGUGAUAAAGAUGGGUCUAACCAUUUUACCACGAAGGAAUCUAAUGCCAAAAAACUUCAGCAAAUUUUAGAAGAUAAAUAUCUACGCACUCUUUUUAUGGACUUUUUAAAAGCCAAUUUUUGUGAAGAAAAUUUAUUGUUUUUGAUGGAUGUGAAAACAUUUAAAAUAAGAUAUAAUACAAACAUAAGUAAAGAUGGCAAACCAUUAAAUAUUCAAGAACAAGAAGAACUUGUGAAUGAUGCUUUCCGAAUUUAUAAUACAUAUUUGGCUCCUGCAUCAUCUAAUGAACUUAAUAUAGAUCAUGGAUUAAGACAAAAAAUGAUUCAAUAUAUGACUUCUAUUGUAUCAACGGGUCCUCCUGCAAAUACGAUAACGGGUCAUUUAUAUGAUUCAAUUGAAGAUACUAUUUUUAGACUUCUUGCUUCGGAUUCCGUACCCAAAUUUGUAAAAACAAAAGAAUAUUUAGCAUCAGCUCAAGUUCGUAAAUCUGAUGGAGAAUAUUCUAACACGCAAUUACAUAAAUAUAGUUCUUCAGCAUCCACUAAUGGCACUAAUGGUUCUCAUAAAAAUUCAGUUGUUGAUAUUUAA